UAGGACUUCAAGCAGAUGAGAGAUAUUCCCCCAAGUCUCAAAUAUGUCAAAUUGACUCAAAACAACAUAAAAAUGUCCAAAUUAAAACUUCUGAAACAAAUUCAAGUGUUAUCUCAACAAAAAGCACUAUUAUCCUCCUCAAGAAGCACAUCUCUGCAAAACCGUCUAAUAUAUUCAUGCCAGUUAUAUCACCGAGUGUCACCUAACCUUAGUCUGUCAAAUCCGGCGUUAAUUUUUCGAAAAUAUUCGGAUGUCUCUGACAAAAAACACAUAAAUGUGGGGACAAUAGGACAUGUCGAUCACGGAAAAACCACUCUAACCGCUGCCAUCACGAAGAUAUUGCAAAAAGACGGUCUUGCCUCCUACGUUUCUUAUGACGAGAUUGACAAAGCUCCUGAAGAAAAGGCUCGCGGCAUUACAAUUAAUGCAGCUCAUGUAGGCUAUAGCACGAAGAAACGUCAAUAUGCACAUACCGAUUGUCCCGGCCAUGCUGAUUUUAUCAAAAAUAUGAUUUCUGGGGCUUCUCAAAUGGAUGGAGCUAUUUUAGUCGUGGCGGCUACCGAUGGACAGAUGCCCCAAACGAGGGAACAUCUGUUGCUUGCGAAGCAAGUCGGAGUGCAAAAAAUCGUGGUUUUUGUGAAUAAAGCAGACUUGGUGGAUAAUGAGGUUUUGGAAUUGGUUGAACUGGAAAUAAGGGAGCUUUUGGAUGAUUUUGGGUUUGAUGGUGAGAAUUCUCCAGUGAUUUGUGGGUCUGCUUUAAAAGCCUUAGAAGGAGAAGAUUCAGAAUUUGGGGAGAAAGCAAUUAGAAAAUUACUAGACACUCUUGAUGAAUUUAUACCAGUGCCUGAACGUGAUUUUAAGUCACCAUUUAUGGUUCCCAUUGAUAAUACCUUCCUUGUUCCUGGUAGAGGGACAGUUGUUGUAGGAACUAUUUAUAGAGGAAUUGUCAAGAAAAACGCAAGUUCUGAAUUAAUGGGUUUUGAUACAAAAAUAAAAACGACCGUAGGGGAUAUACAAAUUUUCAAAAAAAGUGUCCCUGAAGCAAAAGCUGGUGAAAAUGUCGGUAUUUUAUUAAGAAACGUCAAACUGAAAGACAUUCAAAGGGGAAUGCUUUUAUGUCAAACAAACAGCGUUACUUUAUCAAAUAGGUUUAGUGCAAGCAUUUAUUUCCUUGCGAAAAAUGAAGGAGGUAGAUCUAAGCCUGUCACGGGAAAAUACAUUCAACAAUUAUUUAGCAAAACCUGGAGUGUAGCGUGUAGAGUUGAUUUAGCUGAAGGUGUUGAAAUGAUAAUGCCUGGUGAACAUGGACAAGUUGAACUUACACUCUUAUCAAGAAUGAUUAUGCUACCUGGGCAAACAUUUACAAUUAGGGAAAAUAAAGUAACAGUAGCGACUGGAAUUAUCACUGAAACUCUUACUGAAGUUGUAAUUACGAAAAAUUUAGGCAAACUUGAAUUAGGAUAAAUUAAUUUAAUUCUCUAAUACCUAAUAAAUAAAUUAAGUUUC